AUGGCUUUGGGACGAUGGACCUUUCCCACCAGCAGAAAACAAUCCUCAGCCAGUUCAGGCGGUAACCGCUCAAACGGCACUACAACACCAACCGACAAUGGAUCCUCAGAACUUACCAAGACACCAUCUCGAUUAAUGCGGACUUUGACUGGAGGUUUCAAAUCCCAUAAGCCCAAGAAAUCUAUCGAGCGGGAUGAAUUGGCCUAUCUAAACAGACCCUUUAACCAACAAAAUCUAGAACAUCAAAAGAUAUUGAAUGCUUUUGAGUGGAACUUCGGGAAGCGGAAGUCAAGCCACGGUGGUCAAAGUAGCAUGAGUGGCAUAAGCCCCAGCGCUUCCAGGAAUACCAGCGUUGACCAUGGCCACACACAUCCUCGAUUCGACAGUGCUUUGGUCCACAAACCACCUCAAGAAGACCCACGAGAAAGGUCAGAGAAAUAA